AUGUCGACUAGUGGUAUAGUGCACGAUGACACUUUCUGUUUUAGUGGCAGGUACGCGCUUGGCUUCUUCGAAACAGCCAGCAAAUCCUCCAAAUGGUACCUCGGCAUAUGGUUCAAUACAGUUCCCAAAUUUACUUCAGCAUGGGUUGCAAAUAGGAAUAACCCAAUCAAGAACACCACCGCCAUGGAGGUCACAAUCUCCCAGGAUGGCAACCUAGUCAUCUUGAACCAUUCCACCAAGUCCAUAAUCUGGUCAACACAAGCAAACAUCACAAGAAAUAGCACCACUGCUAUGCUCUUGAGUAGUGGAAAUCUCAUCCUAAAAGAUUCUUCAAACUUAUCAGAAGUUUUAUGGCAGAGCUUCGAUCACCCCACAAAUACAUUUUUCCCAGGAGUGAAGCUUGGAUGGGACAAUCUCACAGGUCUGAACCGCCAGAUUGUCUCUUGGAAAAACUUGAUGGACCCAGAUACUGGUGCGUACUGUGAGAUAUUAGACCCCAGUGGUGUUGAUCAGUUCUUGUUUACACCAUUGAACUCCUCCAUACCGUACUGGUCGACUGGUGUAUGGAAUGGUAAAUACUUUGCCUCACUUCCAGAAAUGACAGCCAGCAACCCAGUUUUCACCACAACAUUUGUCAACAAUGACCAAGAGAAGUACAUGACAUUUAACUUAGUCAACGAGACUAUGGUUACUCGUAAUGUAAUAGACGUCUCGGGUCAAACAAAACAGUUCAUUUGGUUAGAGGGUUCUCGGGAUUGGACAAUGAUCUAUUGCCAACCGAAGCUUCAGUGUGAUGUCUAUGCAAUCUGUGGACCUUUCACAAUUUGCAAUGAUAAUGCGCUUCCACGUUGCACUUGCAUGGAGGGCUUCACCAUAACAUCCCCCGAGGAAUGGGAGCUAGAAGAUCGAACUGGUGGGUGCUCAAGAAAUACCCCAUUAGACUGCAUUAGCAACAAAAGUACAACUCAUACCACAGAUAAGUUCUACUCCGUGCCAUGUGUUGACUUGCGUCGUAAUGCCCCAAAAGUAGAAGCUGCUGCAAGCGCAAGUGAGUGCGCACAAGUUUGCCUGAGUGAUUGCUCUUGCACUGCGUAUUCCUUCAGCGACAAUAGGUGUUCUAUUUGGCAUAAUGAAUUGCUCAACAUAAGAGCACUGCAAUGUAGUGGCAGUACAAGUUCAACUGGAGAAAAUCUUUACCUUCGUGUUUCUGCUGAAGAUUUCCACAGAAUGAAAAACAACAGAAAGGGGAUUGUUAUUGGAGUUGCAACUGGUACAGGUGUUUCUGCUCUAGGAUUAUUUGCACUUGUUCUCCUGGUAAAGAUUUGGAGAAACAGAAGUAAGAGCUCUACCAAUAUACUAGGUGGUGUUCAAGGUUGUACCAGAAUCAUUGCCUUUAGAUACACUGAUUUACAGCAUGCCACAACAAAAUUCAGAGAUAAAUUGGGGGCAGGCAGUUUUGGUUCUAUAUUCAAGGGGGUUUUAAAUGACUCGGUAGCUAUACCAGUGAAAAGGCUUGACGGUGCUUAUCAAGGAGAGAAGCAAUUCAGAGCUGAAGUGAGCUCGAUUGGAGCUGUCCAGCACAUCAAUUUAGUUAAGCUUGUCGGUUUCUGUUGUGAGGGUUCCAAUAGGUUGCUUGUUUAUGAAUACAUGUCCAAUAGCUCUCUUGAUGUCCAUUUAUUUCGAAACAAUCCGAUGAUAUUGAGGUGGACUACUAGAUAUCAGAUAGCCCUGGGGGUUGCUCGAGGUUUAGCCUACUUGCAUGACAGAUGUCGGGACUGCAUCAUACACUGCGAUAUUAAGCCAGAAAACAUACUUCUUGAUGAUUCUUUCAUUCCCAAAGUUGCAGACUUUGGGAUGGCAAAGCUUUUGGGAAGGGAAUUCAGCCGAGUACUGACUACAAUGAGAGGAACUGCAGGGUACCUUGCACCUGAAUGGAUCAGUGGUGUUGCUGUUACACCAAAAGUCGAUGUGUAUAGCUAUGGGAUGAUGUUGCUGGAAAUUAUAUCUGGAAAAAGGAACUCAAGUGCAUCAUGUUCUAGUGGUGGCGAGCUUGAUGUUUAUUUCCCUGUUCAUGCCGCACACAAGCUUCUUGAAGGAGACGUUGGGAGUUUGGUCGAUCAAAGGCUAUGUGGUGACGUCAAUCUGGAUGAGGCUGAACUAGCUUGCAAGGCUGCAUGUUGGUGCAUCCAAGACCAUGAGCUUGAUCGACCAACGAUGGGACAGGUAGUUCAGAUUCUCGAAGGGCUGGUUGAGAUCAGGAUUCCCCCGGUGCCAAGUGUGCUCGAAGCUAUGGCUGAAAGUUCGCAUUCCAUGUGA